CCCCAUUUGAUUCGCCCCAUAUAACACCACACUACCACCUAGCUAGCGAGCUAACUUCCUCUCUCACACACACACCCUCUCUCUCUGACACUCUCAUAGACAGAAGUGCAGAGAGCAAGUUGUUAUCUGCUAGCCAGCGAGAGAGAGAGAGUAUGGUCAUGGAGGUGGAGGUGGCCAUGGUGAUGAAGGUGUUGCUGAGCCUAUGCUGCGUGGGGGCGUGCUGCCUCGCGCUCUACCUCUACUACAACGUCUGGGUGGUGCCGCAGCGGCUCCUCACGGGGUUCAGGAGGCAGGGCAUCGGCGGGACGCGCCCGUCCUUCCCUUACGGCAACCUCGCCGACAUGAGAGAGGCCGUCGCCGCCGCAAAGUUGGCUCGCCAAGACGGCCGUGGCGGCGGAGGCAUAGUCCACGACUACCGCCCAGCCGUGCUGCCCUUCUACGAGAAAUGGAGAAAAGAGCACGGUCCAGUGUUCACUUACUCCAUGGGCAACGUCGUGUUCCUUCACGUGAGCCGGCCGGACGUGGUCCGGGACAUCAACCUCUGCGUCUCCCUGGACCUCGGCAAGAGCUCCUACCUCAAGGCCACGCACGAGCCCCUGUUUGGCCGGGGCAUCCUCAAAUCCAACGGCGAGGCAUGGGCCCACCAGAGGAAGAUCAUUGCACCCGAGUUCUUCCUCGACAAGGUCAAGGGAAUGAUGGAUCUGAUGGUAGAUUCCGCCCAAACACUGCUCGAGUCAUGGGAAGAGAGGGUCGACAAAAAUGGUGGGACUGUAGACAUCAAGAUUGACGAUGACAUAAGAGCCUACUCUGCAGAUGUCAUCUCCAGGACAUGCUUUGGAAGCAGCUACAUCAAAGGAAAGAAAAUCUUUCUAAAGCUCAGAGAACUUCAGAAGGCCGUGUCCAGGCCCAAUGCACUUGCUGAAAUGACUGGCCUAAGGUUCUUUCCUACAAAGAAGAACAGGAAGGCAUGGGAGCUUCACAAACAAGUGCACGAGCUGAUACUAGAAAUCGUGAAGGAAAGCGGAGAAGACAAGAACUUACUGCGCGCAAUUCUUCACAGUGCAAGCAGCAGCAAGGUGGGCCUCGGCGAGGCAGAGAACUUUAUAGUGGACAACUGCAAGAGCAUAUAUUUUGCAGGAUACGAGAGCACAGCUGUGACAGCUGCCUGGUGUCUAAUGCUCCUUGGACUGCACCCAGAAUGGCAGGACCGGGUGCGAGAAGAAGUAAUGGAGGUCUGUGGGGGUCGUCCUGUAGACUCCCAAUCACUUCAGAAAAUGAAGAAUCUCACAAUGGUAAUUCAGGAAACUCUGCGGUUGUACCCAGCAGGUGCCUUUGUAUCGAGGAUGGCCCUUCAGGAGCUGAACCUGGGGGGUGUACACAUACCAAAAGGUGUCAACAUCUACAUCCCUGUCUCCACAAUGCACCUUGAUACCAAGCUUUGGGGCAUUGAUGCCAAAGAGUUCAACCCGGCACGCUUCUCCGAUGCUCGACCUCAGCUACACUCUUACUUACCAUUUGGCGCUGGCGCUCGGACCUGCCUUGGCCAGGGGUUCGCUACAGCAGAGCUCAAGAUACUGAUAUCUCUCAUCAUCUCCAAGUUUGCACUGAAGCUCUCGCCUCGCUAUGAGCAUUCUCCAACACUCAAACUCAUUGUGGAGCCAGAGUUUGGUGUCGAUCUCACCUUGACGAAAGUGCAAAGUGCCUGUAAACACUAAGAGGGGCAUUGGGGUUUGGUUGUAAUAAUGUUAGUGCCCACGCUUUGUGAUGGGAAGGGAAUUGUAGUACAGUGAAAGCAGCUGGAGAAAAAUGUACAUAUACAGGUCCAUAUUGUUCAGGUUUGAUCUUUCUAGUGUGUAUGUAAAGGUUCAGCUCAAAUAGGCUGAAUUAGAGGGGAUGUGCCAGAUGAGUGAAUGUUUGAGUCAACAUCUAUAUAAAAACAGUUGCAGUUGUUAUGA